ACCCGGGAGAUGUAGUCUCUUUCGCCAGGGCGCUAUUGCCGAGGGCAACGGUCCCCUCUGGCACGAGUGUUCUACCGUGAGCGGCGGCAGCCUCCGCGGAAGGACUUCGCGGGAGGAGAAUGGCUUCGAUAAGAAAACCCAGCCGUCCUGUGCGUGACAUCUUUGGCGACCUCAGAGAUAUUUCCUUAGAAGAUUCAAAGUUGGGGAACAUGUGGAACUCUGAUAUCAGUAGACGUCUUACCAAAAUAGCACCCGGUCCCAGCAGAUUUUUAAAAAGAAACCAGACUCUGGGUGGAAAACACUUCCUGCCAAAAGAGAACGCUGUCCUGGGGAGCGAGCCCUGGCACUCUUUAAGUAGACCGUCAACCACUGCCUCCAAGGUCAGGGCCAACGCGGCGCUCACGAAGCUGGCACAGAUAGAGACCAAGAUCAGGAACCGGAAGGUGCGGGUAGAUUCAUCAGACGCGGAAUCCGAGGACUGGCUCCCUAGCAGAGCUGAAGAAACUCCCCCUAGGAGGACGGCUGACCUUUCUUCACAGAACGCAGGACAACCCUCCCAGGAACAGGCCCUUGAAAUUCCUGUCCCUGAGACAGACAUGCCGAGUGGGAAGGUCAGUAGGUUUCUAAAGAAGAGAGAAGCACAGGUGGAAAAGAUACCCGUGGAAGCCCAGGUUGGGAAGGAGAGGGAUGCUCAAAGACCCAGAGAGAAACAGCCUCCUAGAACACUGGAUUCGCCAGACAGUGAUGAAGAGGAAAUGAAAAAGUUGCUGGGGAGCUUGAUAGAAUCUUCUGGGGAAAAAGAAACAACCGCCAAUCAGGGUUUCAGCAAAGCCACUGAGAAAGAACAAACAAAACUAGUCUCGGGUCAAAUCCCAACUCCACCGAGAGCCCUUUCACGGCCCAGUAAGGAUCUUCCCAGCUCAAAGCCAUUCGCCACUUCAUGGCCGUCAACCUCACGGUCAGCAGACGGGUCCCUUCACGGUGCCGGCUUGAGAGCUCGCUCCCCACAGACGCCUGCCUCCCGCACCGUGUCGCAUUCCAUCCCUGGUGCCUUUGCGAAGUCAGCGCCCUCGACCGCGGGGGCCGAAGAGCUCUCAUCCUCCCUGAGAAGGAGCGAGCCUGGGCCCCAGGAGGAGCCUCCCUCGGAAGCCGCCGAUGACAGUCUGAACGAUUUUAGAAUAAACAUUUUAUCCCUGGAUGACCUGGCUCCAGUUGUCAGUGAGAAAUCAGACUUGGAAUGGGAAAAAGAAGGUCAGGGGGGCAAGGCAUCCAGCAGAAGGCCCUGGGCAGGGGAUCCCCCCUCUGAGAGCGAGAUCUCCGAGCGCCUAAGUGAGCCAUCGGCCUCGUCCCCUGAGCCCCAGGGCAUUUGUUGCCUGGGGCCAACGUCUCCAGAACCUAUAGCCAGCACGAUGAACUCGACUUACUCAGAAGAUUUUGAAAAAUCCCCCAGUCCCACAGCAUCUGAGUCAACAGCCCGUUCAGAGGAGUCUCCCAACAGGACGCUGGCCAGUCGGUCUGAAUUUUCUGCAAGUCUGAAGUCAGACCUCCCUCCCUCAAGUCCCAAGUCCCGGAAGAAGCAGGCCAGGGGUGGACACCCAAGAGUCGUGGUAAAGGAGAUGGCUGUGCAGACGCCCGAUCCUGCCUUCACCUACCAGUGGGCUAAGGCGGCCGGCGUGGCGGCCAUCGGACCAGCCCUGGGAGGUGCCUAUGUGGACCCAGCACCCAUCGCCAGCCAUGUCAUCAGUGCAGACGCCAUAGAAGCCCUGACUGCAUACAGCCCGGCCGUGUUCGCACUCAAUGAUGUGCUGAAGCAGCAGCUGAGCCUGACGCAGCAGUUCAUCGAGGCCAGCCGGCACCUGCACGCGUCCCUCCUGCGCUCCCUGGACGGAGACUCAUUCCACUACCACACCCUGGAGGAAACCAAAGAGGUGACCACGGCGCUGCCCCCACUUCCAUGGAGGGGAGAGGGCAGGGGGCUUCCAGAAUCAAACCAAAGAGUACAUCAGACAACACAGGCCCGCCCUGCUGACCAUGGAGGAGGCCCUGCAGGAGGUGAAGAAGGAGCUAGGAGUGCCAGGAGGGAUGGGCUCGAGUACCUGAGGAGCUGGUCCCGUACGCCGGACGUGACACUCACCCCCGAGACCCCAGGGGGCGUUCGGUGGUUGGGGUGCUCAUCGUUUCCAGCUGAGUAGCCGUCUUGUUGGUGUGCCUGUCGUGGGAGAGGACACCACAGGCCAGCGAAGGGGAACCAGGUGGAGCCUGUCACCACGCGCACAGGAUGGGGAUGCCAGCACGCCAGGGGAUGCCACGUGGAGUGGCUCCACCGGGGCAGGUGCUGGCUUCUCAGGCUCAGGAGACGGUGGGGGUGAAGAGCCCCCUCGACUAACGAGGGAGCAGGGCCACGCGUCCAUGCUCGGGACCCCCGUGAGACACCCAGGCAGAGCUCCGACCCAACUCCACGAUUCAGACAGUGCACUCAGGACGCACCUCCGCCCUCCUCAGCCUGAGUACGCUUCUGAUUUAAACGCAGGGAUAAAGGUCUUUAAAAAAAAGGUCUUUAUUUGAAGGCAAAACAGUAAAAUCCACAAGAAAUUGUUAACAACACAUGUUUAUAGUUUAUCCUGAAUCAGACACAUUUGAACAAUUCACAGCUACAGGAAAUCUAGAACAAAAAUCAAACAGUUUAUCCUAUCAGGUUGAAAAGUUGGAGAGGAUUUUGCAUCUUAUUGAAAAGAAUUUUCCAAAAAUGUUUCUGUACAAAUAAACAGCACUGCACCAAGCUGCCCAGGGAUGCCAAGGAGGGCGGAUCCCAGGCGGCUCCUGGCAGAGGUGGCCCCCUCUGGCCUUCCCGCCCUUUGGGGGUGGGCGGGGACCCGCGAAAGAAGUGGCCGAGCAGGAGGCAGGGCCAGGGCUCGCGCCCCACACUCUGGAUGAGAAUGGGCCGUCUCACACGAGUGCUGGUGUGGGGGUUCCUCUCAGUGAAAAAAGCAAGUGGAGACGCCAAGGGUCCAAGUUCUCCGAGGGCGUCAUCAUUCCGUGACCUGAAGAUGCCUCAGGUGAGUUUCCUCAGAACUUUUUGUUUCUGCAGGUAACAGCAAAUGGCUAAUGUUCAAAAAAAAAAAAAAAAGAAAAAAAAUCCUCAACUUAAACAGCUAAAGUAACUGAAUUAAGGGCUGGUAUGUCUCAGAGGAAAUAGGUUUCAAAUUAUCUCACUGGGGAUCAGCCUAGAUCAGUAUUCUUUUUUCUAAAACUAAACUGCUUGGAAUAAAAAUGAAAACCCCAUUUAA